AUGUCGUCUGUACCAAAAGUUGUUCGUGCUGCUCAAAAAGCUGUCAUUAAUCAAUAUAUGACACGGGAAGCGUGAGUUUUUUCUUUAAAUCUUUAUGAAAAUAUAUUUUUAAAUAAAAUAAUUUCAGUGUCACCAAGGCGGCUUUCCAACCAACCACUCAAAUUCCAAUUCAACAACAACAACCUCAAAACAUUCGUCUUCACGAUGAAAGUAUUCAUUUGAAAUUCGGUUUUCCAAAUCUUGAAAAAUCCGUCGAAAAUCAAAAAUUGUAA